CAAAACCACCAACUUGGCAGCAAUGCUUCUUCACUCGAAGCCAUAGUUACACCGCACCUCGGGUCCUCGAGGUGCGCUUCUUCCUGGGAUUUCAUCCCGUCAAUCCUCUCCAAUUCCCCGCUCCUUGACGACGACCCCGACAAUGGCUCCCCCACCAGCCAGUCUCUGGGCCCUCUCCUUCUUCCUGGCCCUCCUAGUCACCCUCUUUGUCGCCGCUACCUUGCGCCUCCUCUCCAUACUCCCUCAUGUUCGGUUUCAACCAAAACCAUUGUGCAAGCAACCCCCAGUCGCAACUCGGAUUCUGAUCAUCCUAGGCUCCGGCGGCCACACGCACGAAAUGUUCUACCUUCUCCGAGACCUAGACACUUCAAAGUACACGCACAGAACCUAUGUAGUGAGCUCCGGUGACGCAUUCAGCGCGCAACGAGCUGUGGAAUUCGAACAGGCACUAGAACAAAGAGAAACCGUUAAAUUUGAGUCCAAAGAGCCGGAGAGCAGAAACCCAGACGUUUUUCUGAACGGCACUGGCAUUGAAAAGCAGCAGCAUGCGGUAAGGACACCGCACCUAGGCCCCGAAAACUACAACAUCGCUAUCGUCCCCCGUGCCCGAAAGAUCCACCAAUCCCUCUUCACUACGCCCUUCACCUCUCUUCAUACCCUUCUCUCUAGCUUCCCAGUCCUCCUCUCCUCUCCACCGCUCCUCCCAGACCAGCUACCUCAGACACCGUACGAAGCUGCCGCACGGGAUCUGCCAGAUCUUGUCAUCACAAAUGGGCCCGCUACGGCGGUGAUACUAGUCCUGGCUUCCCUUAUCCUCAAGUUCUUCAAUAUCCGAGGCGCGCAGAGUAGAGGAAAGAUGAAGUCUGUGUAUGUGGAGAGCUUUGCGAGGGUGAAGACAUUGAGUUUGAGUGGACGAUUGCUUGUUAGGGUUGUCGAUCGAUUUCUGGUACAGUGGGAGGAAUUGGAGGGAAAGGCGGGACGAGCGGAGUAUUGUGGCAUCUUGGUUUGACAACCUGGGUUACAAUGGGAAUAGCAACAAUGGGAGUGGGCUAAAAAGCCCAUGAUGUACUUCGGAAGGCAUUUUUCUAGGGUUGAAGAGAGCAGGAAAACCUAGAUGAGAGUGAAGCAUGGUUUUCCACUUCCAGAUCCCUAUGCCUACACUACAUUAGAGGGAAGGCAGUGCCAGGGAUAUACUUUUCAGUGACCAUGUGAGCAGGUGCACAAGGAAAAGUGCUAAAGAGUGGAGUAAUACACUGAGCUUUGGCGUAAGAGACUUAGGAUUGACAGGCGUUUGUGUGGGUCAUACGGUUGAUAUCCCACGGCCCACAUGGACUUGAACGGUAUAGUACAAUGGAUCUAC